AUGCGAUAUUAGCAAUUAAUAACUCAUGUCACAGAACUCAUUAAAUCUUAUAAUCCCAUAAUCUUGACUCCAGACUCUCAUUGUGAACAAUAUAUUUAAGAAAAUUGUAAGAAACUCUUUGAUACAGAAAUCAUGUUUUUGAAGCAAGUAUAAUUUGAUCUCAUUCUUAAAUAGGUCUUCUCAGGAGUCCAACGUUAUGAAGAGUUCCUCAAAAUCCUAACUAAAAUUAUGUUCACUCUCUUGUCCAGUACAACCAAUAGAAAUGAUGCCACUUUAUAUCAAAUAUUUUCCUAUCUUAUUUUAUUUAGAUUGGAUGAAUUACCUUACAAUGAAUUUAAAAAAAUGGUUAACGAAUAAGAUCCAGUAAAGAUGAAUGUCUUAUUGUAAUUUUUAUUUGACAUCGAUAAAAUUAUUACACAUGUUAAACCACAAUGGAUUGAAAUAUAUGAUCCUUAAUAUAUACAGGAAACUGUGAUUGGAGGAUUGGAAUAACACUUUCCCAUGAUGAAAGAUUUAUUAAGUUCUCUGAGUUCAAGAGCUACUGGCAAACAAAGUGAAUUAGUUCAAGAAGAUGAAAGACCAGAAUCAGCAACAAAAAAAUAACCGACGAAAACUAUGCCUUUCAAAUUGAGUGAAACCAAGAAAAAGGCUGAUCCACCACCUCCUCCUAAACCAGAGUAAUAUAAAAGCAAACCUGUUCCAAGUAAUCUCAAUAAAAAAACAUUGCAAUAGAUUGAAGAAGAUAAUAAACUUAGAUUUGAGUAAUCUAAAAAAAAAGUUUAAGAAACCUAUAAAGAUGCUAAAUAAUUUGAAUUCAAAACAGAUCUUCGACCAAAUAAUUAUGAAACUGUCAAAAAGGAGGUUGAAGACACUUUAAAUCAAUAAUUACAGUUUAACAUGAAAAUUGCUAAACCUGCACCUGUUGAUUUAGAGACUGCUGAAAUUAAAUUGAAUGCUGCAGCUAUUUUAAGAGAAGAAAUGUUAUUAAAGAAAAAAUAAGAGAUUGAAAGAGAGAGAGUCAAAAAUUUAGAGGUUAAUCUUAGAGAUUCAGGAGAAUUUGAAGAAUGGAAGAGAUAAUAAGAAGAAUAAGAGUAAAUUGCUAGAAUGGAACAUUAAUAAUAAAAAAAAAUAGAAAUGGAAUUAGCAAGAGAAGCAGCUAUGAGAGCAUAAGAGGAGAAAUUUAAAGAAAAUAGAAUAUUGGCUGAAAAGAUGAAAGUUGAAGCUGAAGAAAGAUUAAAAGAACGAUAAGAAUUAUAAUAAGAAUAAGUAGCGUAUAAAAAGUAAUUAAUAGAACAAAUUAUGGAAGCUGAUAAGAAAGUAUAUUUGUAAGUAGAAAAAGUAUAAGAGAAAAAUAAAUAAAUUGCUGAAGAUUAGAAAUUAGAAAUGGCUAGGAUGCUUGAAUUGAAAAGAUAAGAAGAUGAAUAAAUUAGAAUUAAGAGAGAAGAAUUGAUUAAAUAGAUAAGGGAAUUAGAAAGGUAACCAAUUAAAAGAACUAAAGGAUAUGAUCCUACUGAAACUAUGGGUUAUGGUCUAUUAGAAGAAAUGUCAUUAGCUGAAUUAAGAGAUAGAUUAGAAAUUGUAAAGGCUGAAAGAAAGGCUGAAGAAGAAGAUAAAAGAAAAGAGAUUGUUACUUAAAAAGAUGAAUACUUAUCCUCUAUGUAAAGGAAGGUUUAAGAAAUUAAAGCACAUCGAUAAGCUGAAUCAUAAUAGAAAGAUAUGGAGAGAGAAGCUAAGAGGAUGAAAAAAUAAAAAGAAGAAGAUUUGAGAAAAAAAAUUAGAGAAGAAUAAUUACUUUAAGUUUAAAAUAAGAUUAGUAACAAAAAGUAAGUCAAGAGUGCUGAAGAAUAAAGAAUAGCAGCAGAAGUAAGAGAAACUAAACUUAGAUAACAAUAUAUGAAUGCUAAUAAGGCUAUGGUAGAAAUGAAAGCUUGGAAGUCUCAAUAAGAUGGUAUUAUAGAAGAAUAAUUAGUUAGGAUUGGAAAGAGAAAUCAAGAAUAGAUAGAAUGAGAAAUUAAUUGUAUAGGAAGGAGUAGAAUCAGUUAAUUUAAGAGAAAGAAAGAUUUUGGCUGAAUAAGCUAAAAGAUUAGUGAAGGCAAAGGUUGAUUUCAAUUAAGCAUAUGAUCAUGAUUUAAAGACAGCUUAUUAAAUGAAUGAUUAAUUGCAUUUAGAAGAGGCUGAAAAUAGAACUUAAAUGCAUAAUAUUCAAAGAGAAUGGAAGGAAGAACAUACUAAAAAUAUGAUAACUAGAGAUGAAUAUAAAUAGAAAAUCUCAGAAGUAUCAUUAAAAAAUUCAAAAAAAAAAUAAUAAAUUAUUAAAUAAGAUUUUAGUAGAUAAUUAGAAUAAUUACCAUCAGCUUAGUAUUCUUGA